GUUCCUUUCAUAUUCUUCAGAAAUUCCAUCCAAGAAAAUGGUGGUUCUUAGAGAACACAAGCUUGUUGGAAAAAUUCAGGUUGUUCCAGCAGUGAGAACAAUCACCACUCUUCCCCUCACAUUCCUUGAUUUGCCUUUGGCAGGUCCUAUUUAUGUGAGACGCCAAUUCUUCUAUCAGUUCCCCCAUUCCACACUCCAUUUCUCUGAAACCACCCUUCCUUCUCUCAAAACCUCUCUCUCUAAAACCCUUCAACACUUCUUCCCUCUCGCUGGAAACCUCAUUUGUCCUCCACCACCCCACAAACCCUUCAUUCGCUGCACCGAUGAUGACUCUGUCACCUUAACCAUCAUCGAGUCCCAAGCAGAUUUCAAAAAUCUAUCAUCAAACCACCCCAAAAGCCUCAAAGACUUGGAUCACUUGGUUCCCAAGUUAACAUGCACAUAUACACACGAUGACACGUUCAUUUUCCCUUUGGUGGCAUUGCAAGCCACGGUUUUCCCCAACCAUGGCCUUUGCAUCGCAAUCACGUAUUGCCACGUGAUGGAUGAUAACUGUUGCAGCCAUUUCAUGAAGUCUUGGUCUUCCAUUUGUCGAAGUGGUGGAGUUGACUUGACUCUUGUGGAGAAGUCAACGCCUUGCUUUGAUAGGGAAGUGUUGAAGGACCCCAAAGGACUCGAAGCUAUCUUCUUAAGAGAUUAUUUUGAAGAGAGGUCAAGUUGGAAGGUUGGUAAAACUUCUGAGAUUUCCAAUGAAAAUACUGAAGAUUAUGUCAAAGCAACGAUUGUUUUUGGAAGAGAAGACAUUGAGGGGCUAAGAAGAUGGGUGCUGAAUCAGUGGAAGAAGAGUGAGGAAUUCAACACGCCACAAUAUAUGUCAAAAUUUGUGGUGGCAUGUGCUUUUGUGUGGGCUAGUUUGGAUAAAACAAGAUGCAUAAAUGAUGAAGAAGAAAAUGUGAAAGAGAAGUAUUUUGGUUUCACUGCUGAUUGCAGGGAUCGCCUUGGGUAUCCUAUACCAGAAACAUACUUUGGAAACUGCUUAACUCUAUGUUAUGCAAUGCUUAAGAGAAAUGACCUAAAGGGAGAGAAUGGUUUUGUAAAUGCGGCCAAGGUCAUUGAAAGAGCUGUGGCUGAUAUGAAAAUUGAACCCUUGAAAGAUGUAGAACACUGGAGGGAGUCGUUUAUGAAGAUGUACGUGUUGGAAAGUACCUUGAUGGUUACAGGGUCACCCAAGUUCACUGUUUAUGAGACUGAUUUUGGAUUUGGAAGGCCUACCAAAGUGGAAAUGGUACAUCUCUUCAAGUGUAUUUCUCUAGCUGAAAGUGGAGAUGAGGAAGGAGGACUUGAGGUUGGUUUGGUGUGUAGAAGUACAGAGUUUGAAGAUUUAUUUUCUGUCAUUGAACAAGGACUAAAAGCUUCAAAAUCCUAAAUCUAUUAUACUGUGAUAUAUAUUUAAAUAAAAAUCAAAACAUAGGUCUAUCCAAAAGUUAACUUUGUGUUAACAAGUUAUCAUGGUUGAUUUUAAUUAACUUCCUCGACUUUAAUAAGGAUGUUUGGAUUUAUGUUUAGUUACUUGGAUAUCUUGUUUCCUUAAUUUCUAAUGCAUGAUUGUUAUGAAGGUUUUAUGAGGUGAUCAAUGUACUGUUUGCAUUCACCUAAAAAACAA